AACUGGGAGGGACGGGGUUUGUUUUGAUUCGCGUUUUCAUUUCUCUGUGUAUUCUUCUACCGUUGCCACCCACAAGUGCCCAAGUGCGGGUUCGAUUCUUCGAGUGUCAAUAAUUUUUGUUGCGGGUGAUAACAGUUGUGCUUUCGGUACACAAAUAAAGCAGGAGAAAAAUCAAUUAUUUGCAUGCGUAUUUAUUAUUGAGAUAGGUUUCUGUGUUCUGUGUCCAGUGUCUAUUGUGUUUUAAGCUUGUUGAUUAUCAAUUGGUUUUUGUUGACUCCGUCUCGGAGCAGAGUGUGGUCAGCUGUAUAUCGAUUGUGGUCGUUGUGGGCAGUUUCGUCGGCGAGCUGCCGCUGUUCGCGUUUCCUCCGUUUCCGGUCCCAUUCGGUAUCCGAACCGCGCGCAAGUGUGCCUUCCGUUGUCUCGGUAGUGGCUGUGCGGCCGUGACGACAAUUCCGCCGGUUUUAAACUUCGAACCAGCGUGGCCGGAGGGUGCUUUGAGUGACUGACUGGAGGACACCAGUAGGGCGCCCUGCUGUUGUUGCUGGGAACCAGUGUUGGACACGCCGAGUAGAUUGCUCGUGCUAGUUGCCUUCCGGGGAGACCCAUUGGCGAGAAAGCCGACAGCCGCCACUGCAGCUAUUCUACGUGAUUGACCGGAGCGAGCGCUGCGCGAGAGCAAAUCAUUUGAAAAGACGAAAAGACGCAAAAUGGGACGCAAAGUGACGGUCGCCGUCGCCACCCUCAACCAAUGGGCGCUCGAUUUCGAGGGCAACAUGUCGCGAAUUAUGGAGUCGAUUCUGGAGGCACGAGAACUGGGCGCCACGUACCGGACCGGACCGGAGCUGGAAGUGAGUGGCUACAGCUGCGAGGACCACUUCCACGAGUCGGACACCUAUCUGCACUCGUGGGAGAUCCUGCUCGAGAUCAUGAUGUCACCGGUCUGCCAGAACAUGCUGAUCGACGUUGGCAUGCCGGUGAUGCACCGAAAUGUGGCCUUCAACUGCCGGGUGGUGUUCCACAACAAACGCAUCCUGCUGAUCCGCCCGAAGAUGGUGAUGUGUGACGACGGGAACUACCGGGAGACGCGGUGGUUCACCUCGUGGAUGAAGGUACGCGAAACCGAGGAGUACUAUCUGCCGCGAAUGAUCUCGAGUGCAACGGGGCAGCACACGGUCCCCUUCGGGGAUGCCGUCAUCGCCACCAGAGACACCUGCUUGGGGUAUGAGAUUUGUGAGGAACUUUGGAACCCCCGGAGUACCCACAUCGAUAUGUCCCUGUCGGGGGUUGAGAUCAUCGUGAACAGCUCGGGAAGCUAUAUGCAGCUGCGCAAGGCUUACAUCACGACGGAUCUCAUACGCAAUGCCAGCUUUAAGGCGGGUGGGAUGUAUCUGUUCAGCAAUUUGCGGGGAUGUGACGGGCAACGGGUUUACUUCAACGGGUGCUCUGCGGUUGCGCUGAAUGGUCAUAUCGUCGCCAGGGGGAAGCAGUUUGCCCUGGAGGAUGUCGAAGUUACGACCGCUACGGUGGAUCUGGAGGAUAUCCGAUCGUACCGGGUUUCGCUGCGAUCACGCUGCUCCGUGGCUGCUGCAAGUCCAAGUUAUCCCCGGGUGGAUGUUGACUUCGAACUGUCACGUCCCAGCGAUUUUACUAUGCCUCCGAGUGGUCCGCUGGAGUGGGUUUACCAUAGCGCCGAGGAGGAAAUCGCAUUGGGACCAGCCUGUUGGUUGUGGGAUUAUCUGCGCCGUUCUGGACAAGGCGGGUUCUUUCUGCCACUGAGCGGAGGAGUGGACUCCAGCAGUACCGCUAUCAUUGUUCACUCUAUGUGCCGCAUGGUGGUGAAGUCGGUAAUGCUGGGGGAUGUCCAGGUGCUGCACGACAUCCGGAAGAUCCUGGCGGAUGCGGAUUUUACUCCGGAUAAUCCGACCGCUCUGUGCAAUCGGCUGCUCGUGACUUGUUACAUGGGAAGCGAGAAUUCCAGCAGUGAGACCCGCCAACGGGCGACUGUGUUGGCCAGUCAAAUCGGAAGCUACCACCUGGAGAUCAACAUCGAUGGAGCGGUGAGCUGUCUCUUGGCGAUCUUCAACACCGUCACCGGUAUGAAGCCGUUGUUCAAAACUCAAGGUGGUUGCCCGCGACAGAAUCUAGCGCUGCAGAACAUUCAGGCGCGCACGCGGAUGGUUCUUGCGUACUUGUUUGCCCAGCUGAUGCUGUGGGUGAGGAACAGACCCGGCGGACUGCUGGUGCUGGGGUCGGCCAACGUGGACGAGGCUCUGCGAGGCUAUAUGACGAAGUACGACUGCUCGUCGGCCGAUAUUAACCCGAUUGGGGGGAUCUCCAAGACCGAUCUCAAGCGGUUCUUGCUGUUCGCCAAAGACAAAUUCAACCUCCCAAUCGUAUCGGACAUUGUCACCGCACCCCCGACGGCCGAGCUGGAGCCUCUGCGCGAGGGUGUCCUCGCGCAAACCGACGAAGAGGACAUGGGCAUGACGUACAACGAGUUGAGCGAGUUCGGACGCCUCCGGAAGCAAUCGUUCUGCGGUCCGUACAGUAUGUUCUGCAAGCUCGUUUCGAUGUGGAGGGAUAGCUGCAGCCCGCGGGAGGUAGCGGACAAGGUGAAGCACUUUUUCCGUUGCUACGCCAUAAAUCGACACAAGAUGACCGUUCUGACGCCGGCCUAUCACGCCGAAUCGUACAGCCCAGACGAUAACCGGUUCGAUCACCGCCCGUUCCUGUACCGAGCCAACUGGAGCUGGCAGUUUAAAUGCAUCGACGAGGAGCUAGAGCGGGUUAACUGUCCACCGCCAUCGUCGGCUACGGCAGUCCAUCCGGAGUCCGGAGGGGAUGAUAAGGGUGGUCACCCGCAUCAGUCACCGGUUAGAUCUGCCAGAACCACUCCCGGCAGUGGUGGUGUCGGUGGCGGUGGAGAGAAAAGUUCCUCGCCGGUGUUUUUCGCGGAAGGCACCGGGAUGAGCAGUGGGGGGAGUGCCUACCAGCUGAACAAUCACAGCAGCUUCGCGCACGAAUCGCUCAAGCUGACCAAAUCGCACAGCAGCGGCGGAUACUCGAAGAUGCACUCCAGCGUGAUGGGGAAGAUUAAGGACCGUACCGGGGUUCCUGUCUAGAGCGAAAAGGGGGCGAUGUGUUAAUGAUUUUAUUGUGUGAAAAUUUUUAUCGAAGAUACAAGAUUUUAACAUGUUUAGAUAGUGAUCCUAAAAAAACAUUUACCUAUUUGACAAGCAACCAAUUUUUCGUUCGGAAGCACACUUGAGCGUAAAUUUACUAUUAAAACAUUUAAUGACACCCUAAAUGAUAGAGAAAACAAGUCAAUAAUAAGAUAAAUAUCGAUCACACUAAAAAAAACGAGCAAAACUAGAGGGGAAUUGUGAUAGUUCUAGGUAUUAGAGAGCAAUUGAAUGCUGCACACACACAAUGCACAAUGCCUGCAGAGUAGACCAUUUUGGAAACACUAAAGUAGACGAGAAAAAUAUCAUUCAUAUAUACGAGCGAAAAAAUAAAGCCACAAACAUUUUAGAAGUAAAACAGAGCAGACCUCAAUAGCGAAUAGCAAAUAGAGAUUAUACCGUUCACAAUACGAUUGCCGAUUUCCUAGGGAGCAACUUUUAAACGCGUAGUAGGCGGUGAAAGUAGUGGUCGGAGUAGCCCGUGUAGUAGCCGUGUAGGGAUUGUAAUAAACAAGUUUAGCUAUCGAAAGUUUCAAAAA